AUGUUGUCGUCGGCGUUUACGGCGCCUGAAGAUGCCAAUUAUACCCAGGUGAUCAAGCCAACCUGUGAAGCUUUUCAAGAGAUUGGCGAACGUUGGAUACCUGGACCUCAACAGGUACAGUAUCCACCUCAAGCUACACCAUUUCAACUGCUAUUUCCGCCACAACCUGCUGAUUGGUCUUAUCAUCAUCAUGCGCAUAUUCAGCAGCAACUACAACAAACAGCCGUUAUGGCGCCACAACCUCCUCAGGUUGACAUUAAAGCUGAAACUGAACGUCCAGAUGUUAUUCAGCGCCUAUCUGCAGCCCCAUCAUCUUGGCCAUAUCCAUUUGCUCAAGAUGAUAUUGCAUUAUCAUCUAGUCAAUUACCGGAUGAUUCUGAUCCAACAUGUUCUGAAGAUUUAGAAGCAUUUGCUAAAACAUUUAAACAAAGGCGAAUAAAGCUUGGCUAUACUCAAGCUGAUGUUGGUUUGGCAUUGGGUACACUGUAUGGUAAUGUAUUCAGCCAAACAACGAUUUGUCGUUUUGAGGCCUUACAGUUAAGUUUUAAAAAUAUGUGCAAACUGAAGCCGUUGCUAUACAAAUGGCUGGAAGAGGCUGAUUCGACAACGACAUCGCCGAACAGUGCCUUCGACAAGUUGACCGGACAGGGUGGACGUAAACGGAAAAAGCGUACAUCAAUUGAGGUACAAGUGAAGAGUCGUCUGGAGUAUCAUUUUCAGAAGAAUCCAAAACCGAAUGCUCAGGAGAUCGCUCAGGUGGCAAUCGAGUUGCAGUUGGAAAAAGAGGUUGUUCGGGUAUGGUUCUGUAAUCGAAGGCAGAAGGAAAAGCGUAUGACACCACAGUACGGCGACGAUCUGUUGGUCAACGCCAAUGUCUAUCCACCAGAUUCGUUUGUUUACAAUUAA